AAAUGGCUAAAGUAAUUAGACAGUGUUGGGUUUGGAGGAAAAACAACCGUGUUUGGCGUUACUUGCCGCGUCGAGAUGAUAGAGUAAACAGAGUUGAUUUGGAUGUUUUGGCUGAACAAUGCGAAACAUUUCCGGAUCCAAUGCCGGUGGAACCUCCAAAGCUUUGGGUUGCCUGGAUUUUUAGAGAUUUGGAAAACGAUCAUGUCCGUAAACUUUUUGGAAAAUACCCCAAACCUGGCGAACUUCAUAUAUUUAUGAAUACAUUAUCAAAUAAUAAACAACUUUGGAAAAUUAAACAUUUAAUUGAAAUUCGUCCAAUAAGUUUUCCGAAUGGAGAGCCGGGGCCUGAAGAUGUUUAUAAUUUAGAGGUAGUUUUAUGUGCUAAAAUAUUUUUUUUUAAUUUGAAAAAUUUUUUAAAAAUGUUCCUAUUUGGAGGUAAACUUUAG